AUGAGCUCUCGGACGAGCAAGCCGACUUCUGUCAGAAGUUACCGGCGUAGGAAGACAGUUUUGGACCUUGACCUUAACAGAGUACCCGCUGGUGAGAAUCGGGAGCAGGAGGGAACUUCAACUCAGUUGGAGCCUCAAGUAGUAGAAACUCAAGCCAACAACCAGCAACAACAACAAGCCAACAACCAUCAACAACCCCCGUUGAUUGAUGUGGAGGCCAUUGACGAUGAUGUUAUUGAAUCUUCCCCAAGGGCUUUUGCUGAGGCUAAAAACAAUUCUAGAAGAAAUCGCGGGAGGACUAUAGUUGAUGUGGAUUUAGAAGAGCAGACUAGGGUAAACAACAUUAAUCGCAACAAGCGCAGAAGAGAACCUCCAAAUGGAACCAUUAUCAAUUGUGAUCUUUAUAUUAAUUUGGAAGGCAGUAGCAGCUCUCUGGUGGAAAGUGUCAAAAAGCUACCCGAGCCUCCCAAGGAACCUGUCUUCAAUUGUCCUAUAUGCAUGGGCCCUUUGGUUGAAGAAAUGUCGACAAGGUGUGGUCAUAUUUUUUGCAAGGCAUGUAUCAAGUCUGCAAUAAGUGCUCAGGCUAAAUGUCCUACCUGUAGAAAAAAGAUUACCGUGAAAGAGCUUAUAAGGGUGUUUCUCCCAACAACUGGUUAA